CAACAGAUUAUGAAGAAGAAGAUGGAAGUGGUAAACCCUUAACACCAUUGAUGAUGAUCAGCAUGACAAUAAAACUGAAAAGGAGUGAAAAACAAAUUUCAAAGACUCAAAUCCCCAUAAAUCUCUCACAUGUUGCAAUGGUGGGAAUGGGAACCCCCUCAUAAUUGGCUUCAAAAUCUCAUCCGCACUAUCAUCACCCAACAAAUCUUUUCCUUUCCUUCAGAAAAUAGAAAACGCCCGCAAAUUUUCCCCUUUGAAAGUCCUAUUUUUAGACAAGAUAAUUAGUUUCCAUUUCAUUGAUCACAUUUGUUUUUGACCUUUCUUGAUCUCCAUUACCAUUCCGAUUACCAACUUUUGAAGUUCUUGUCAUUUUCUCUUUCCCCAUUAUCACCAUUUUUUUGGCAAAAAUCAAAUCUUGAUCUGUAUUAGAAAUAGAAGAGAGCUACAAACUCGUUUCCACAAGAAAUCAGAAGAUUCUCCUCAUUCCCAUUUUCUCAUUUACAGGAAGAACAUGUCUUUCCUGUCACUUUUUACUCGUCUUGGAACACCACUAUCCAAUUUUGAAUAAACCCACCAAGAAUCUCUCGAACCCUAACCCUAAAUCUGAAUCUAAGGUCAAUGUCUCAGCUGAAACUAAUGUCUCAUCUUGAUAACAUAUCUUCAACUCCUGGAAAAUUCAAGAUGGAAAAGUCUUCCCCCUACAUUAACAGACUCAGAGUCCAUUCUUCUUUAGCAAAACUCACAUUUUGGUCCUUCAUUUUCUUUGGUGUAAUCUUAUUCUUCUUCUUUAGAUCUCCAUCCUCAAAUCCUUUACCAUCUGAUCCUUCUCGCCGUUCUCUCCGAACCUUCAACUGGGGUGGAGCCGCUUUUGAAAAACGGGUCCGUUCUUCCGCCCGAGUUAGGACCCGUAAUGGAAUCUCCGUUUUGGUCACUGGGGCUGCCGGGUUUGUCGGUACACACGUGUCAGCCGCUCUCAAAAGACGCGGUGAUGGGGUCCUUGGUCUUGAUAAUUUCAAUGACUAUUAUGACCCUUCUUUGAAAAGAGCAAGACAGGCCCUUUUGGAGAGAAGUGGAAUUUUCAUUGUUGAAGGUGAUAUCAAUGACAUGGCUCUGUUGAGGAAGCUUUUUGAGGUUGUCUCAUUUUCGCACGUGAUGCAUUUGGCUGCCCAAGCUGGAGUAAGGUAUGCAAUGGAAAAUCCUAGUUCUUAUGUUCAUAGUAACAUUGCUGGCCUUGUUAGUUUACUAGAAGUUUGUAAAAAUGCUAAUCCUCAACCUGCUAUUGUGUGGGCAAGUUCUAGUUCAGUUUAUGGCCUUAAUACUAAGGUUCCUUUUAGUGAGAAAGAUAGAACUGAUCAACCUGCUAGUUUAUAUGCUGCUACUAAGAAAGCUGGUGAAGAGAUUGCACACACUUAUAAUCAUAUAUAUGGUUUAUCUUUAACUGGCUUGAGGUUUUUCACCGUUUAUGGUCCUUGGGGAAGACCAGAUAUGGCGUAUUUCUUUUUUACCAGAGAUAUUUUGAAGGGGAAGUCCAUACCCAUAUUCGAGACUGCUAAUCAUGGUACAGUUGCUAGGGAUUUUACCUACAUUGAUGAUAUUGUCAAGGGUUGUUUGGGGGCAUUGGAUACUGCUGAGAAGAGUACUGGUAGUGGGGGGAAGAAGAAGGGGCCUGCACAAUUGAGGGUUUAUAAUUUGGGGAAUACUUCUCCUGUGCCAGUUUUGGAUCUUGUAAGCAUUUUGGAGAGGCAUUUGAAAGUUAAGGCUAGGAAGAAUAUUUUGAAGUUGCCAAGGAAUGGGGAUGUGCCUUUUACUCAUGCUAAUAUUAGCUUGGCUCGAAGAGAGCUUGGGUAUAAGCCCACGAUAGAUCUGCAGACCGGAUUGAAGAAAUUUGUGCGGUGGUACCUCAGUUACUAUUCUGGUGGAAAGAAGGCCGCUGGGUGAAACAUUCUUUUGAUUGUGUGGUAGGAUCCUUUGAAUUCUUGUUGAUUAUGAUUCUUGUGAUUGUUUUUAGUAUUUCUCUGUUCCUUGCCCAAUUAUUGUUCAUCUUUCAUAUAUUUUUACUUAUGUGAAUAUGAGGAACAUCAUGUUCUGCUAUGUUGGAUAAGCUUUUUUGGUUGGUGGACAUCGUUUCUUGGGCAGUCAUGAGCUGUAUUAAAAGAAAGCCAGAACAAUCUUCUUUCUAGUUUUUCUUUUCUCAAAUGUAAUUGUAGUUUCGGCCUUGUAGAAUUCAUGACUGAUAGAGCAUAUGCUGAUUGUUGGACAUGUAUCAUUUCCCUGCAACUCAAUAAAUAGCACACGGACUAGACGAAUUGAACUA